GAGGUAAUGAGUUUAACAGCACCUCAGAGUCAAUAAAACGGAGGGAAAAACCGCGCCCUGAGCCACAGUCGGAGGAAGAGAUUAGGGAAGAUGGCUUGAGUGCAACGAACAAGCCGCCUUUUCUCCCCCACUAACUCCGUUGUGACGCACGUGUUUCCUGCCGCAUCGUUCCUCAUUUUAAAGCUUCAAAAUAACACUCAUGUACACUUUUUCACCAGAAUCUUCCAACUUUACGGACAACAUCCAGCCUGCAAGAAAGAAAGAAUGACCACAAUCCUCAGAUUAGAAGGCCUGGAUGUGAAGGCAGGCACUCAAGAUAUACGGACAUUUUUCACAGCCCUGCACAUACCUGAUGGAGGUGUUUACAUUAUGGGAGGUAGUCUUGGUGAGGCUUUUAUUGCAUUUACCACUGAAGAUGAUGCACAGGUUGCCUUGCUGCGCACUGGCAAUUUCCUCAAAGGCUCUAUUGUGACACUGCACAUCAGCAGUAUGAAAGAGAUGGAGCAGAAAUUGGAGGAGUCCUUAAAGAAGAAGAAAACCUUGCUCACUGUAAGGAAACCUCAACCAUGUUCAGCUGCAAAUGAAACGACAAGGCCAAAGAAUGAGAGUAAUGGCAAUGUUAAGCCAAAAUCCAGGCCAAAAAAAGUUAAAACCACCCAGGUGAAACCCACAUCAAGGCCGCAUGAUGAUGAUACUUCAGUUUCAUCUUCUGCGGCAUUUCCACUUGACCCUGAUACUGCUGACCUGCCAGCUUUUAAUGCACAGCAUUUUCAACUGAGUCCAACAAACAAGCCAGCUUCAAAUCCACUCCCUUUGGAUACCAGUACUGCUUUUUUCCUUGGAGUCUGUACUGUCCUUCAAGGCCUCAAACCAACUCAAACUGUAGUGCCAGCAUUUGAGUUUCCUAAAUAUGACAGCACAAGUUCAUCUGAAGAGGUCAGAAACCCAGAGCGCACCUUGGACCCUAGGCCUGGCUAUAUUCGGCUUUUUGGGCUGCCAGCUUCAACUACUAAAGAAGACAUCUGCAAUUUUUUCAAAGGGUUGCAUGUACAAGAAGCUAUGGUUAAUGUUGAAUUGGGAAUCGGUCGUGGAUGCCUUGUGAAGUUUGCAGAUAUGCAAGAUGCUUCUGAUGCACUUGGCUUCAAUCAGCAGUUGCUGGGCUCAAUUUGUGUGGAGGUACGUGGAGCAGAUGAAAAAAUGUGGGAUGGAGCUCUUCAAGAAUGUAGAAAUGCUUUUGAUGACUGGUCAAAGGAUAAACAUGAAAUCUCUCUUAAGGAAAGGACUCACUAUAAGAGAAAAUCUGUUUCUGCUCUGGAGAUCAAGAGGAAAUCUGACCAUCAGGUUCAGUUUAAAUUGUUGAAAAAGCCAAAACCCAAUGCUGAACCCAGUGCUUCAUUAUUGAAAGCCUCGGAGUAUAUAGUCAUGGUCAGAAACCUUCCAAGAAAUAUAACCAAGACUGAAAUAAAAGAGCUGUUUGGAUGCCCAAACAUUCCACACAAAAAUGUGCUUCAUCUCCUCGACAAAACGAGUAGCCUUACUGACACGGCUUUUCUGAUUUUUAACUGCACUGACGACUUUGACUACGCCAUUAAUCUCUCUGGCUGCCAUGUGGGCUCUAGUGCCGUUGAGGUCACACCAAUCACCAAGGAAAUCAUGAGGGAAAUGAUGGCCAAAAACCACCCCAGAAACCAAAGAACUGGUCUGACUGAUCCAAGAUUACACAGCCACAUCAGAAAAUCUGAUCCGGUAAAGACUAAAGCACAACAGAGAGAGAACCCAAAUGAAACAUUUCAGCGGCACAUUUUCAUUAGAAACAUGCCUGCAAAUGUAAAGAGAAGUCAAAUCAGGUGGCUUUUCUGUAAAUUCAAUCUGAGCCUGGAUGAUAUCGUGUUACUACAGGACAGUGGGGGCAACAGCAGGGGUGAAGCUGUGGUUACGUUUGAAUCCGAACAGGACGCAAAGUUGGCUCAGAGGAAGCACGGCGAAGAGUUCCUGGGGACGAACGUCCUUCUCACUCUCAUAAAUGCGAAGCAAAUGAGGAACAUUUUGGUGAGCAGUUGAGGAACUUUGUGCAUGUUUGUGGAGGGUUUUGGUUUGCAUAAAGGUUUUAAAUGUCCGGAUCUCCCAUAAUCACAUUUCUCUAUUCUCUUCAUAUAUACUGUACAUAAUCUGUAAUAAAUAUUCUAAUGUCAGAUGUUCCCAUGUCUUGGAUACCACUGUGAUGUAAAGAAGACACCUUGGAGAUGUGUACAGAUGUUUAGGAAGGCAUUGUUAGGCAGGUGGAGCUCUCGCCCAUGUCAGAAAAGCAUUCAGAGAUGUGGUUGCUCCUGUACUUUGAUUCUACAUGGCUGAAUAAAUGUUUUACAAGGCUUUUCAAGCAAGAUCAGCUUUUUUGUGCAGUUAAAGUGAAUAAAUAUUAGAGCAAG